UAUUCAGAAAAAAUCAUUGUUUAACGUCGUUGUGCUCCAAUGUUUCUGGUGAGUUCUCCAUAGCUCCAAAGACGCCUUUGAAACCCCGACAGCUUCAUCAUCUCCGGUGAGUUCUAGUCUGCCGAGUUAGAGAUCAAGAUCAACAACGAUGACCAUUCCAAGGCCAUCAAUGUAUCGCGACCCGACAAUGCUCCUUACAAAGACAACAACGGUGGUGAUUCAAUUGGCAAUCACACACAUAAACUUUCUUCUUACAAGGAGCGAUUCGUUCAUUUGGGGUGAGAUGAAGACCAAGUACUCGAUCAUCAUCGACGGUGAAAACUUCAGAUGUGGAUCGUCUCGUGAACACGCUUCGGUUUGUCUUGAUGCUGAGGGAGCUAAAGCACUGUGUAAAACAGGGGAUGUUGCGACACAUGAGUUGGGGAAGGUGAUAGUAUUCUUAUCAAUCACACAUCACACAACUGGGAAAGAGUAUAAGUUGAUGUCUAUUGGUGACGUUGGACCAGUCAUUGAUGUUGGAGGCAACUACAAUAAGUGAAUGAAGGAAGGCUUUAUGUUUCCCACAUACAUACAAAGAGAAGCUAUACCUACUUUGUUUACAGGAUGUGCUUGCAUCCUCUAUGCUCAAGUUCUUUUUUUCAAGAACAAAGUAGAAAGUUGAUGAUGAAGAUGAGAAAAUAGGCACUUGAGUGGAAGUUUGAGUUCAUGUCAUUAUGGAGGGUCUUCCUAAAAUUCAAGAAUACCUUCCUAAAAGCUAUGCAAUCUUUCCUAAAUUUUUUAAAAACAAGUUUUUAAUCUCUGCAUAUGUUUUUUGCUUUAUUGUAUCACAUAUUACUCCAUUAGUAGUGAUGUAUAAUGAUUUGAUUUUGUGCAUUGAUUUGUGUUUUACAAUUAAAGUAGCAAAUAAGAAUAUCCAGCAUGAUGUUUUAUUUUAUUUU